CGAGACUAAACAAACCAGCACAGCGCAACAUGCCGUCACUCCUCAAGCCAUCGCCAUCGCCACCGCUCCUCCGGCGACAGCCGCUGGUCCUGCUGCCCCUCCUGGUGCUGCUCGCGGGCCUCCUGCUCCCGGGGCCGGCGAUUGCCGCACCCAAAGCCCAGCCCGGGAAGGAGGACGAGGGGAUGCCGGGCCUCGAUUUCGGAACGGGCCGCAUGUUCGACAAGAUCGCCACCCGGUACGACACGAUCAACCGGGUCCUGGCCCUGCGCAUGGACAUCGGGUGGCGCCGGGCCAUGACGACCCGGCUCCGGGAGCUCCUGGGCGAAAGCGACGGCGAAAGCGAAAGCGGCACCGGCUCGUGGAGGAUCCUGGACGUUGCCACGGGGACGGCCGACGUGGCCCUCCAGCUCGUCGACGACCUGUCGGGCGGGAAGGGCAGCGGCAAGACCACCGUCCUGGGCCUCGAUCCCUCCGCCAACAUGCUGGCCGUGGGGCGCUCCAAGAUCGAGCGCCGCGGGCUGGCCGACGCCAUCGUCCUGGAGCAGGCCGACGCCAGGGACCUGGGGCACUACUACGAGCCGGGAAGCAAACCCACCGAGCUCUUUGACGCCUCCACGAUCGCCUUUGGAAUCCGCAACGUCGUGCCGAACCGGGAGAAGGCCCUCUGCGAGAUCCACAGGCUCCUCAAGCCGGACGGGGUGCUGGCCAUCCUGGAGUUCUCCCAGCCGACCUACCAAAAAGACGGGGUCAUGGGCGUCGCCGCCGGCCUCUUCAUCCAGCACGUCGUUCCCCUGGUGGGGGGGCUGCUCAGCGGCGGGGCCCGGAAGGAGUACGUCCACCUGCAGAACAGCAUCCGCAACUUUCCGGGCCCGGAGGAGUUUCGGGACCAGCUGGAAUCCCUCCGGUGCCCCCUCCGGCCCGACGACGACGACGCCUACUUUUACGUCGGCCACUUUGACAUGGAGGAGACGGUCCACAUGAAUUUCGGGAGCGUCCAGCUCUACGUCGGCAGGGCGGCGGUCCGGCCCAAGAAGGAGAUCCACGCGGACACCCCCCCGCCCCGCGGGGCGGACACCAAGCUGCCCCCGAUCGCCGCUGUUUCGGGUGGGGAGCUGUAAGCAAUCCAUCCAGCCCGACAGCUAGGUGGGAGGACACGAACGAACGAACGGUCGGGGGCUUGCGGAACACACGGCCAAACAAAACACAACACAACAC